UAAGAAUAUUUCACAAUUAAAGAAACGGGGAAAAAUAAUUUUCUAACAUCUAUAUGUGUGUGUAUGUGUUAAAAUAAAAUGACAAAUUUUUACGCCACGUCGUUUAGAAAAGUUGCAAAAAUUUUAUAUUAAAAAAAUAUUGUGAGGUUAUCAAGAAUUUAAGUGUACAAGAUGUGACUUUUUUUCAAUUAUUAAAUUAUAAUAUUACAUAAAAAAAAAUUCUUUAAUAGAUUGUUUUUUUUUUAAAAAAAGGUGAAAAAAACGGCAGUAUGCCAAAUAUAAAAAUGUUACCGAGAAAUUCAAAAAUUGUCAUUUUAUGUUCGGCGGCGAAUUUUAUUAAUGCCGCGGAUCGUGUUAUUAUGCCAAUUGCCAUUGUUCCAAUGUCACACGAAUUUCAUUGGAAUUUACAUUGGCAAGGAUGGAUUCAUUCUGCAUUUGCAUUUGGUUACUUCACCAGUCAGAUAAUUGGAGCCAGUACUGCGAAUCGGUAUGGUUGUAAAACCGUUUUGAUGGCAGCAGUUUUACUCUGGUCAAUUAGCACAAUUAUUACUCCACUUUUGGCUGAAUCUGUUACCUUACUCGUAAUUUGCCGAGUGAUUCUUGGCCUUGGCGAAGGUUUAGGUUUGCCAGUAAUUUUCCAUUUAUUUGCUCACAAUGUUCCGGUGGAAGAGAGAUCGCGAGCUUUUGGUUUUCUCAUGGCAGCCGGUACCGUGGGCCAGGUUGUUGCCUCCGUUUUAUGUCCAAACGUAUCGUGGCAAACUGGAUUCUAUUUAUUCGGCUCGUUUGGAAUAUUUUGGACUUUUUUAUGGUUAAUAAUGUAUCACGAGACCAAUAGUCAAGAUGAAAUUCCACUAUUUAUACCUAAGGUAUCACAAAAUCGAAGUCUUCGAUGGACGGAAUUUAUACUUCAUUGGCCACUUUGGUCACUUUAUAUCGCACAUUUUGCAAUGAAUUGGAGCAAUUACAUUAUUAUGCAAUGGCUACCAACAUAUUUGUCGAAAAAUCUCUCAGCAAACGAGAAGAGCAUUAGUUUCACUGCCUUACCCUAUAUUGUCAAUUCCCUCGUUGGUAUAGUUGCUGGUUAUGGUGCCGAUAAUCUCAUUCAAAAACGAUGGCAAAUACUAAGCGUACGGAGGCUAAUGACGAAUAUUGGUUUAAUUGGACCGGGUGCUUUUCUCCUUGCAUUUUGUACAGUUGACAAUCUUCUUUUAGCAGUGAUAUUUAUUUCCAUUUCAAUGGGACUUUGCGCUUGUAAUUCUUCCGGACAUUUGAGUAAUCACGCGGAAGUUGCACCCAAUCAUGCGGGCAUUACUUUCGCCAUUUCAAAUACAAUAGCGACAAUUCCUGGCAUUUUGUGUGGACCAUUAACAGCAGAAUUGGUAACAGCUUCCCAUGGCCGUUGGAUGCCAGUUUUUGUUUUAGCCGCUGCCAUCAAUUUUACUGGGGCAAUUAUUUACCAAAGUCAUAGUUCAGCCACGGCAGUUUUGUGAUAUUCGGAUAAUAUUGAUAAUUUCAAUUAAAUUCAAAAAAAAAAAAAAAGUAUUUCAAAUCAUAUCGUGUGCAUAAAAAAAAAGAUAAAAGAAAGAAAGAAA